CGGAGGAAGAGGAAGUGGCCGCGGCCGCCGGGCUCGGCGCGGAGCGGAGCGGAGCUGCCCGGUACGGCCCCGCCGAGGUGCCUCCCGGCGCCGCCGCCCCCGGGCUGCGCGCCUCAAACUUUCUGCCGGGCAGCGGGACCGUGUGGCGGCGCGGCGCUGCCCCGGCACCUCCCCGCCGCGGAGCCGAGGGGGGGAGCGGCCCCGGAGCGCGGCGGGCGGGCACGGGCGGCAGCCGGAGGAGGAGGAGGAGGAAGCGCUGUCAGUGGGGCCGGCCGUCUCCGCCCGCUGGGCAUCCUUCAGCACCGCCGGGCUGCGCUUCGCCCGCCGCCCGUCCCAGGAGCUGCUGAAAUGGGUUGUGGAUUGAACAAACUGGAGAAGCAUGACGAAAAACGACCUGGUAAUAUCUAUUCAACUUUGAAGAGGCCCCAGGUAGAAACCAAGAUAGAUAUUUGCUAUGAAUAUCGAUUCCUGGACUUCACAACAUUGAAUGAUACUGAGCUGCCAGGAUCAUCUGCAAUCAAGCUCUCCUCUUUGCGUGAUCUUCCAGCUCAGCUGCAAGAAUUGUACCAGCAGGGCUUUGUCUUGGCUGCUGUCCACCCUUUCGUGCAACCAACUGAUGAAAAAGAGAAAACUCCCCAGGAACAAAUCUUCAGGGCUGUGCUUAUCAAGAAAACAGAAAGGUCUUCAAAAGCUGAUGUCCAUAGUGAAGGAUAUGUCUUGGAGGUAGAAUGCUGCUCCUCUUUAAACCAACUUUCAGACAAAAAGGAGAUACCUGAUUUUAUUAAGAAAAUUCAAGAUGCUGCAAGUCAAGGCUUGAAAUUUGUUGGAAUUAUACCUCAGUACCAUUCCCAAAAGAACUGUCUUGUCAGCACCUCCCUGACACCCGCCAGUAACAACUCUGUAGAAUCAAGAGAUAAUAAAAGUGUUUCAAAUUACCCUGAGGAUCAUGCUUCACUGGAUGGUGAGAAAAUAGAUGACGUUAAUGGAUGCGAUACUCCAGCACUGAGUGAGGAAAGCGCUGACCGAUGUGCCACAUCCAGGGAGGGCUGGCAGGGUGAAGGACAGGCUACCGAAGAGCUGAAUCUCACGCCUGCGAAGGGAAAUGAGCAGAUUCAACAUGCGAACACAAGUGUAAGAGAAGCAGCAGACAAGCCAAAUGGACUGGCGGCGAAUGAAACACCAGCACGAUGCUUAAAACCUCUUACUGGCAAAGCAGAGAUCUUUGCUCUCUUCAACAAGCCAAAAACCCCACAAAGAUGCAGCCAGUAUUAUACGGUGACUAUCCCUAUGAGGAUCUCCAGGAAUGGGCAGACUGUCAACAGCUUAGAAGCAAAUUGGCUGGAGCACAUGACAGAUCACUUCAGGAAAGGAGGCUCCUUGGUAAAUGCCGUCUUCAGCCUUGGAAUGGUAAAUGAUUCUUUAUAUGGGACAAUGGAUGGAGUAUUCCUCUUUGAAGAUGUUGCUGUGGAAGACAGUAAAACCAUGCAGGGCUAUGAUGCAAUUGUUGUAGAGCAGUGGACCGUCCUGAAGGGAGUUGAAGUGCAGACAGAUUACGUUCCGCUGCUGAAUUCCCUUGCCGUGUAUGGCUGGCAGCUGACGUGCGUGCUUCCUACUCCGAUUGUGAAGACAAACAGGGAGGGGAAUUUAUCUACAAAGCAAAUUGUAUUUCUUCAGAGACCUUCUUUGCCCCAGAAAGCAAAGAAGAAGGAAUCUAAGUUUCACUGGAGGUUCUCCAAAGACGACAUGCACAACAAACAAAUAAAGAAUUCCACAAAGGCUAAGUUAAGCACUAGGGAGAAGCAAGUGGCCGAGGAGAAGCAGGAAUUUGAAGUCACAGAGAACACAAGAAACUUAGAAGCACAAAUCUCAACAGCAGGCAAGCCUGAUCCAGAACAGCAGCUAGAUGCCGUCAUAGACUUGGGAGAUGAGGUAGCUGGGACCAACAACAGGGGUCCCCAUCAUGACGGGGUGUCAGAAGCAGCGUGUCCUGCCAGUUCCACCGAUGACAAUGAAACGCAGGUCUGCCUCAGCCAGAGUGCUUCUGGCUCCUGUGCAGACCAGGUAACAGAGGGGGGAGGCUGCGCACCAGGCUCGGAUGGCUUUGGCUUCGAUGGCAGUGAUGGGGCAGGGCUGGACGUGGGCUGUUCCUGUGAAUAAGAGCUACAGUUCAAGAAUCCUGUGAGUUGCUGAUACUUUGCCAAGACAGAAGAACAGAUUUUGCCAAUCGCCAUCGCUAACUCAUUGCUCAAUUCAGCAUUUCUUUGGCAUUGUACUUACUUUGGUCCUUAGCACACCGAUACCUUGAUGUUUUAAGUAACUACAGGGCCCGGGCUUUUUAACCCACAGAAAUUAAUUGCAAAAUUCCGUCUGCUGUACAGAGUGGGAAAUGCCCUAUGCUAUCUCCUAGAGCUACACCUGAAAUUAAAAACUAGGGACAGAAAACAUGCUUGGGUGUUUCUAUGACCAACCUUCACCAUCUAGGUUUGUGUCUAGGUCAGGGCAAACAUUCCACUCGGUCAGAUUUUACUCUGUAAUACUUUCUUGUCCUUUUAUCUUUGCUGGAGAAGUUAUUGUGCCAUAUGUUAUUUUGUCAUUAAGCUUGUAGUGUCAUGAAAAUGGUAUUUGGACUUAAACAGGCUGAAAUUGGAAAGCUUAGAUAAGGUGGCUUUUAUCUGUAUUUAUCUCAAAUAGCAUACUUACUGAUGGUAUUCUCUUCUGAAUUUUAUUAACCCUUGCAGAUCGUUAAGCAAUAAGCAAAUCGUGUACCUAUUUUAGGCACACUGGGUAAACAAACGCCAUGGUAAAUUUGUGCGAGGCAGAUGAUUCCAAUAUAAAACGCAAUUUCCUAUUUGCUCGCAUUUACGUUCUCUUUGCCAGUCAACAGUUAAUCAACAUUCAGGGGGGCUUCAGAAGGUAGAAAAAUGGGAAACAAAAAAGCAGGUCAAAUGUACUUCUUUCAGCGGCUAUCUUCACUAAAAUUGGAAUUAGAUGUUACCCUCCUGACCCUUGCAGGUAAUUUUGCACCACUUUCUCACUCUUAUGAAAUACAUUGUGAGAAAGAACUGAAAUGUACACAGGGGUCAGUGGCCAAAAAAUGUCACUAAAAAACAUUACAAAAUGCAAAUACCUUAAUGGGGGGGAGGGGGUUUAUAUGAGUAACCAUAUUUUGGGACUGAUACCUAACAGAAUUCUGUAAAAUUACCAACAUUUCUAUGUUUGGAGCUACAUUAAAAUAUUUACAAGUGAA